AUGACGGAACGUCCGACGUUGGUCAGUGAUAUGUGCACCAAGGUCUCAGUUAGCGAUCAUGGUGCCACUUUCGUUAGCGCGAUGGAAGACGCGGUGCUGCCAAGUGAGUUCAUGAUUUCUGCUCGCGUCAAGUGUGCGCGUUUCGUGCCUUGCUGGGUAUCAAAGCGUCGAUGGGUUGUACUCCGUGGCUCCAAGUCACCGAUUCUGAGCGUGUAUCGCCAUGACCCACGACGCCCCGAGGACUGCGUGCCAGUUCGCAUGCUGCUGCUCGGAGGAGACACUAGGAUGAGAGUCGUGGGAGACAAGCGACUGGUGCUGGUGAGCUCGAGGGUGCGUAAGGAUGACACGCUGUCACUGGAGUUCGACACUGUUGAGCAACGCCAAGUUGUCCACGAAACACUGAGCCGAUGGGUGUCCCUUGCUGUGCUACUGCAGAGCUUGUCGAUCCACGAGAGUAUGGCUAAGACUCCCAACUCAGCAGUCUACCACUGUCACGACUGCGACGACCCGAAGAAGCAAUUUGUGCUCAAACGUGUUCAUCGAUCUCACGGCCACAGUGAACUCAAUGUGACUGCUCGCAUCAUGCAGUUGAGUCGAGAGCACCCCGAACUGGAGCAGUGUUUGCCGCAGUAUUUCUACUUGUUCGAAGACACCAAGACUAGAUGCGUCACUGUCGUCAUGAAAUAUUACGCUGGUGGUUCAUUGGCCGACAGAAUCCAUGACCGUGGACCUCUACGCGAAGCAAUGGCUUGCAAUAUCUUGGUUUCUCUAUGCCGAGCGUUGCAACUACUUCACGAAAACCAAGUGUUGCACUUGGAUGUCAAAGCCAGCAACAUUCUGUUCGAUGAUGCACCCAACGGCAACUUUAGCAACUUAAAACUUGUGGAUUUCGGAAGUGGCGUGAACAUUGACACUUGCAACAUUACCGAGAAGAUAGCAAACGCGGGAACUUAUGGCUGCAUGGCUCCCGAACGCUUUGACGGUUCCUGUGGACCGGAAGCUGACGUGUACGGUGCUGGCAUCGUCUUGUAUCUCAUGCUGUCGGGAUCGAUUCCAUUUUCUAGUUCAGACCCGUACCAGCUCCUGGCGCGCAAUAUGAUCGGAGAUAUUAAUUUCGAAGAGAAGAUAUGGCAACAUGUUUCCCCACGACUACAAUCUCUCACUGCCAGAAUGCUCGCCAAGAAUCCAAAGGAACGAAUCACAUUGGCAGAAAUCCUGAGUCUAUCAUGGUUAUCCCAAGAACCAGAAUCCCUCGACAGCGCAUCGGACGUUACCCAGCCCCAGUCAUCCAAUUGA